ACGUGGACAACCAACUUGUGGAGAUGUAGAUAUUCUAAUAACAAGAGAUGAUUCUGAUGGUAAAAAACUUGAUGGAGUAUUAUCGCAACUAUUAAAAAUUCUACACGAGCAAUCCUUUAUAAAAUAUGAUUUGGGACGUAACGAUAAAGAAGGUUCUAGUCAAAAGUAUUUAGGAAUUUGUCAAAUGCCGCCGAAUGGGAAAUGUCAUCGUUUUGAUAUUUUCAUGGUUCCUUUUAACGAAUACGGAGCAGCUUUAUUGGCGUAUACUGGAAACGAUAUUUUCAAUCGUAGUAUGCGAUUAUUGGCUCGUAAAAAG